AUGCCAGUCUACUGCGGACUCUGUCAAAGGUCUUUCAAGGAGCAGAGAUAUCUAGAUCAGCAUAUCAAUGAUUCACCAGCCCACAAGAGUUCUCCUCAGGCGCAGCUUAAUCUUCAAAGUUCAAUGCAACCAAACCUCCAAACUUCUGGACGAACGGUGCAUCAGCAAACAGCUUCUACUCAUGCCAUUCAAAUCAAUCAAGAUCAGACAGAAAGCUCUCAUUUUCAAGUCGAUCAUACAACUGCAUGUGAGCAAAGUCAGAACGUCAGAAAGCCUUAUGAAUGUUGCUGGACUAGCGGCAUUGGACCGGAUGCCCGUGGUUGUCAGACCUUGCCAACGCAUGAUUUUCAACUUUCCCUCCGCUCAAUGAGACACCAAGACUUUCAACAAACUCCACCUCCUUCUAGAGUUUCAAAAUUUCGCGCCGUGGUACUUGACUGUGAAAUGGCAGGAGUGGUUGGUGGUGGCGCUGGUGAAGCCAUCUUGCUCUGCGUUAUUGACUAUAUUACUGGGGCAGUGAUUCUGAAUCAAUUCAUUUACCCGACGGAAAGGAUCAACGACAUGCGAUCAUCAAUCCACGGCAUAUCCACACAUACAUUGAAUGACGCAGCUUCGAAAGGAAAAGCAUUGGAUAGUUGGAAGGAGGCUCGGUCCGAAUUAUGGAAAUACAUUGACAGCGACACCAUUCUUGUCGGUCAUGCUUUGGAAAAUGACUUGAACGCUCUGAGAUUGAUACAUUACCGAGUUGUUGAUUCUGCGAUCUUGUCAAAGAAUGAAGUCGGCUGUAAUCACACUUGGGGAUUAAAAUUCUUAUGCUCUGAACUUCUCAAUUUGGAUAUUAGAAAGAACGAAAGUGGAAUCCACGACUGCUUAGAGGAUGUCCUGGCUACAAGGGAGGUAGUACUAUUCUGUACUCAAGAAAAGCUAUUGUUUCGCAACUGGGCCGACAUUAAGAAAAUUGAGCAAAAGGCAUUGGAGAAAGAAAUAGAGCAGAAACGAGAGAUCGCACGUCAGAAAAAGAUGCAGGAAAGUCAGGCAGCCCAAAAAGAUUAA